AUGGACAUUCAUUGCAAAGUAGACUCAUUUUCGGCUGCGCAUCGGCAUGGGGGUGUGAACCAGCUCGGUGGGGUGUUUGUGAACGGCAGACCCCUACCUGACGUGGUGAGGCAAAGGAUUGUGGAGCUCGCGCACCAGGGAGUUCGACCCUGUGACAUCUCGAGGCAGCUAAGGGUCAGCCAUGGCUGCGUCAGCAAAAUACUCGGGAGAUACUACGAGACCGGCAGUAUUAAGCCAGGAGUUAUUGGGGGAUCCAAACCAAAGGUUGCGACUCCAAAAGUGGUGGAUAAAAUCGCAGACUACAAGCGACAGAAUCCCACCAUGUUUGCGUGGGAGAUAAGAGACAGGCUCCUGACAGAAGGCGUCUGCGACAAUGACACUGUCCCGAGUGUUUCAUCCAUUAAUAGGAUUAUCAGAACCAAAGUCCAACAACCGUUUCACCCUUCUGUUGACGGAACAGGAAGCCCACUGUCCAUGCCUGGCCACACUACACUGCCAAGCACCGCCUCGCCGCCAGCCUCCACUGCCUCGCCUGACCACGUGGGCUCUUACUCCAUCAGCGGUAUCCUGGGCAUUCCUCGCUCCGUUGGAGAAGAGCGGAAAGGAAACGACGAUGGCUCGGCUGGUUCCGGUCCAAACAGCGGCUCUCGGGCCAGUGUGGCGAGCUUACGGAAACACCUCCGCGCCGACGCCUUCACACAGCAGCAGCUGGAGGCUCUGGACCGGGUCUUCCAGCGGCCGACUUUCCCCGACGCCUUCCCCACGGCCGAGCGCGUGAAGCCAGAGCAGGCUAAUGGAUACUCCUCACCCGCACUGACUCCAGGAUUGCAUGAGGCGAAGCGUGAUUUGUCACGGGGCAGUGGUUCAGACCUGGUCUCACACAGCUUCCCUGGGGCCACAGGUCGCGACGUGGGCACCACCCUCCCUGGCUACCCCCCACACGUGCCCCCUGCAGGGCAAGGCUAUUCCUCCCCAGCACUAGCCGGAAUGGUUUCUGGGAGCGAGUUUUCAGGGAGCCCAUACUCUCACCCAUCGUAUUCAACGUACAACGAAGCCUGGAGAUUCAGCAACCCAGCCUUACUCAGUUCCCCUUAUUAUUAUAGCUCAGCAUCAAGGGGAUCCCCACCAACCACAGCUGCUGCUGCCUAUAACCGCCACUAG